GCUGCCAUCUGAUUGGCUGCCCCGCGGAGCUCCGGGAUAUAAAAGAGACCCCUGCAGGCUUGGGGACUAGAGGCUCAGAGGAUUCUGACGGCACCUUUUCCUGGAAGAGCAAGUGCAUUCAAAACACAACCCACAGCUCCUCCUGCUGUCGUUCUUUCCUACGUGCAGAUUCCACGCCGCUAGCCAAGAUGUGCAAAGGACUUGCAGGCCUGCCUGCCUCCUGCCUGAGGAGCGCAAAGGAUAUGAAACACCGACUGGGUUUCCUGCUACAGAAGUCUGAUUCCUGUGAGCACAAUUCCUCCCAUAGCAAGAAGGAGAAAGUGGUAGUCUGCCAGAGGGUGAGCCAAGAAGAAGUCAAGAAAUGGGCUGAAUCACUGGAAAAUCUGAUUAACCAUGAAUGUGGGCUGGCAGCCUUCAAAGCAUUCCUAAAGUCUGAGUACAGUGAAGAGAAUAUUGACUUCUGGAUCAGCUGUGAAGAAUACAAGAAAAUCAAGUCACCCUCCAAGCUAAGUCCCAAGGCCAAGAAGAUCUACAAUGAGUUCAUCUCAGUGCAAGCAACCAAAGAGGUGAACCUGGAUUCAUGUACCAGGGAGGAAACAAGCCGGAACAUGCGGGAGCCUACAAUAACCUGCUUUGAUGAAGCCCAGAAGAAGAUUUUCCACCUGAUGGAGAAGGAUUCCUAUCGGCGUUUCCUCAAGUCCCGAUUCUACCUUGAUCUGGCCAAUCCUUCCAGCUGUGGGGCAGAGAAGCAGAAAGGAGCCAAGAGUUCUGCAGACUGUACUUCCCUGCUCCCUCAGUAUGCCUAAUUCUCAUUCAGAGGCAGAAGGCAACCAAUGCCAAGACUCUAUGCUCUGGAAUACCUGAGGCCACAUAUCAAUCUGUAUUAAGCACCAGUGCUUUAUUCCACAUUGUAGACUAGUGUUCAUGCUGCCUGCCAUGUGUGAGUCACUUCGUGUAGAACUAGAUUUAGGUGUGGUAUUGGGUUGUUCAUCAAGGUGGGGAUCCUAUUGCAGUCUGAUUUCCUCAAGUUUCCUUUAGGGUGUCACAUGAGCAAGUCUUCAAAUAACGGCCUUGCAAGUCUGGGUCUUCAAAGAUUGUUGGCAAUCCUCCCUUCCCAACAGUUUGACCUCAAGGUGGUUGGUUGGUAUACUUCAUGUGACAAUUACAUGCACAUAUAUUGUCAGGUGACACUUCCUGAAGACUCUCAAUGUUUAGGUGAAAUUGAUGUGUACAUGUGUAUGUGUAUAUGUUAAAUGUACAUAAUAUAUACAUAUACAUUCUGUAUAUAUUUAUUGUGUCUAUAUAUUUAAAUAUGUGUGUGAAUGUGUGUAUAUACAUAUAUGUAUAUAUAUACACACCCAUUUCUGCAAGAGUAGAUAGGAAAGACCCUAGGUGCUCAAAUUAGAGUGUGUUUACAUGCUUGCAUGCAUGUUCUGAUCUCUGGUCCUUGAUUGUGCAUUUGAACAGGGCAAACUAAACUAACUACCAUGCAGGCUAAGAAAGGAAUGCUAACUUGUGGAAACCUGGUUCUGUUAAAUCAUUGGGUCUUGUUGGAGAAGAAUCCAAGGGACUUCAUGCUUUGUUUAACCACUGAUGGCCUCCACUUGAGCUCUAUGCUAAGGAGCAAUGCCAUAAGAAUCCUUUAUCUGAUGGACAUAGAACUGCCUUGCAUUGGUUAUUACUACUGGCACUUUUAAGUCUCUAUGCUGCUGGCCUUCCCUUCUUUGCCUGGGUGCUCAGGGCAUGCUUAUUAGCAUCCAGGUUGGUCUGGAGUCAGGAGAUAGGAUGCUUGAGCUAAAUGAAAAAAAAUGCAGUCAAGAUUUUGCCAGCUAGCCCUACCACAAGUUACUGGCUAAGUGAGGGCAAGAACUUAAAGGUUAUUUAUUAUUGCAGUCCCAGUCUUUCUUUCCUCUCUUGAUCAAGGUGCUCUUCUCAUUUCCCUCCUGAGGAACUUACCUGUCAGAUGAGCCUCCUAGGCUUGUAGGGUUGCAUGGUUAUAUCCCUUAUUGGUUCUAAGACAGAUGCCUGCAUUUGUACACCAGCAGCAGGAGAAGGUCAUAUUUACAAGGGAGGAACAAGUUCUCAGAAACCGAAAGCCCACAUGAGUUUUGCGUUUUGAGGUAAAAUCUUGUUCAUCCCAUUCCAAGUAUCAAGGCUGGCAGAAACUGAAGGCAUUUCUUCCUAGGUUUGAGAUUAAAGGUAGAGGAAAGAAAAGGGCAAAGAAAGAAUAGAAAAGAAGAAAGAGAGAAAGGGAAACAAAUUGUUAGACUACUGUUUGGAACUUUUCAAGGCAUAUGAAAUACUUGAAAAUUUCUCACUUACGUUAUUUAUGAUGUUUUGUAAAUUUUUUUAUUGUAUUGUUUUGUAAAUGGAGGUACAGGAGAUUACCUGAAUUACUAAUGGAUGCCCAGGAAGUAAUUUUCUUCUCAUUCUAAAACUACUGCCUUUGAAAGAAUGCAUACACCCAUGCACACACUGCUUCCGUUGCUCCGGUAUAUACUACAGGCAUGAACACCUUUGUGGCUAUUAAGCCAACAUACUGACUGCAAAAUGAAGACACUGGAGUGGUGUGCAUAUAAACCUCAUUGCAUUAAAUAUACAGAUUUCUAAGUGUACCUUCUGUCUCUCUGUCAGUCUUACUCUUAUGUUCCCCUUUGUUAUACACAGUUUCAUAAUCUUGUUUCUUGUUGACUCCAGUUUCCAAAUGUACAAUUCUUUGGUGUUGUUCUACUAUUAUCAUCAUGACUUUCAGAUUGUACCUGUACUCACAGACUAUUGUCUCACAAAGAGGUCUGGAAGGUCAUCCUGAAUGAGAAGUAAAUUAUUUUAUGAAUACAUUUUGAGUGUGUUUUCAAUUGUACUUCCUGUGAUGCCCUCACCAUUUGAUGUGGUGAGCUUGCCUGCUCUUGGUCCAUGGACAGCCUAUGCCUUCCAUAUGCAUGCCUGUUUCUAUUAUGUGCUUCUAGGCCUCAAUGCUGAUGCUUCCAAUGAAACACACGUAUCUCAGUACUAAAGGUGAAUAAAUGCUUCGUACAAAACCA